UCCCCUCCGCCCGUCGUAUCAGUUGAGCGCAAACUUCGAUAGCGAACGGAACACGAACGAUGGAAGCUACUUGGCAAAGACUAAUCACCGAAUUCAGGGGACGCGCAGACUUGCACGGAGAAGCACUUCGACACAUAGAAACCAUGGUUCUUCGCGGCCAACCCACUGGAAAUAUCGAUCGGAAUUUGGUGGAAAAAUACACGGAGGCGCAGAAUGCCACCCAGGUUAUGAAUGUGAUCGCGUAUGCCACCGGACUUGUAGCUCCUGAGGCAUUGGAAGCUAGUGAUGCCGCACUGACGGGGCAGGAGUUAUUCCUGAUUCCGGAGAAGUAUCGGAAAUGGCUCGAAGGAGUGGUCGGACAAAUGCCGUGCUAUCGGUUUCUCCUGCUUCCGCUUACUUUUGCAAUCAAAUCGAAUGAUCAGUGGCGCAUACAUUCGACGCUCGUUAUCAAGACUCGGAACAGGGGAGAUGACAUCCACUACAUCGACAUGAUGGGUCGAGUUUAUCUCAGAUUCAGCCAAUUUUUGGAGGAAAACAAGUUCCCAUUUGCCGUGCUUUGUUUCCCAGCAGAAGGAGUGAUUGACUUUGAUGAACGUAAUGAAAUUAUAGUGAGCUACAAAGUGGUCGGCUUCAAGAACACACUUUUGACUGCUGCUGAUGUUUUGGUUACCACAUUCGGCUUCCUUGGUGGCUUUCUCAUGCCGUUCAAAGCGGUGAACAUGGCGACGGGGAUCUAUUUCACCGGACGGAGUUUAACAGAACUGUGCGACGCCGCUAGACACGGAACAUCGCUGAAUCCAUUUAAGAACCCUGAAGCUGCUCUCAAUUGGUUCCAGGUGGCGGCAAACAUAUGUUCCAUCGCAGUGAUAGGCGUCCAAAGUUGGUUCCUCCUCGAUGAGGUCUGUUCAGCACUCAAAUUGAGUCGCUAUGUGAACCCUGUCGGAACAGCGGCACGUAUCUAUUUCGCACAGGCUAAUUGGGAGGAUAUGGCCCUGGGAGAGCAGAUUUCUCUGUGCUGCAGUUUAUGUUUCUUGUACCGAGAGGUUAUCACAUUGGAUAACGGAAGGCUAUUACUGCGAGAAGCACAGAUCGCAGGUCUUUGCAAUACGUUCCGCAGAUAUGUCCAAGGAACAUUCAAUUUGGAACGAUUUAGAUUGCUGUUUACCAAUAGCGUAGCGGCUCUUCAAGCUGCCCUGCAAAUAUCUCUAGAGAUUGCCAAAGCAAACAUCUCGGUCCAAUUGGCGGAAGAUUUUAUCACUAUUUCUUUCUUCGGACAUCAAUUCCAGUUCGCCAAUAUCCUCGGCAUGGACAGGGAUGAUAUUAUCAAAUUGAUACAGACAGUCCACGCAUUGGGCAGCAAUAUGUCCGAUUUGUAA